GCUGCUGGUGCUCCUUGUCCUGCAGACCUUCAUCUUCUUUUUCUUCAUCGUCUGGACAUCAUGUCGGGCUUCGUGGUUCUGCUGCUGCUGCUUGGAGGUUCGGUUCUGCUCGGCUGCAUCCCGGCUCAGAGGAUCAGAGUGCGACGGCAGAACAUGAAGGUUCGGAUCAACGCUACCGGUGACACCGUCGUCAUGAAGUUCCUCCGGCCGAGUCCAGACAUGAAGCUGGAGGGUUACAUCCUGGGAUACGGCAGUAGCAUGUUCUCCAAACAGUUCAUCCAGCUGCCGGAGAACGGAGAACCCUACGAGGCUGAGCUGGAUGCUGAGCCUAAGUACCUGGUGGCUGUCCAGCCAAUCCCAGCCAACGACGUGAAGAAGCACUGCACAGGUAAAGUGAACCUGGAGAAGCCGCUGCACCUGGUGAUUGGUUCUGUGAGCCCCACAACAGUUCUGCUGUCCUGGGGGAACCACUUGAAGACCCCCUACGUUGGGAACAUUAUGAACGAGUGUCUGGAGGACGGGUUCUACACCAUCCGCUACAGGGAGAGGAACAGGAAGUGGAUCUACCAGACCUGCCCCACCAGUGACACCGUCAUUGACAACCUGAAGCCCAACACUCCGUACGAGUUCGGCGUCCGAUCCAACAAAGACGACCAGAGCGGGAUGUGGAGCAAGCCGGUGGUCCACAACACCAACAUGGCCAAUAAAAAUGCUCAGAUGCCGUACAAGCUGCGUAAUCCUCUGGCCAAGCCGCUGAAGCCUCACGCCUUCUUCCCUCCUCGUCCUGCUCUCCAUAACGGGACGAGGCCUCGGCUGUCCACGGUUCUGAAGAAGCCCGGUUUCCCCGGAGCGCCGCGCCCGUCCUUCGCGUCGCCGGAGAGUGGGCAGGCGCCGCUCGACAAAGGGAACUCUGUUAGAACCGACCUGGACCGACCGGUGGACCCGCCCACUCCUGCCCUCCCCCACUUCCUGCCCACCAAAGCCCCGCCCACCACCACCACCCCCCUUUAUAAAAUCCCCUCCGGUGACGAAUCGCUUCCUGUCCAGACCACUAAGACGCCCUCUAGCGAACCCGAGAAGAAUCACAAACCUGCCGCUUUCAGCCAAUCACAGGACGGCUCCUCGCUGCUGGGGUCAGCGUUGGCAAAUGAGAGAGCCAGAGCUAACAGCUGGGGUCCCAGCAGGAACCCGGUGCUGCCUUUGCGGCCCUUCGACCCGGCAGCGUCCCCGGCUGGAUCCAUGAGGCCGCCAAUCAGAAAGCCCCUCUUUCCCUUCUCUAAGGGCCUCAGACAGCCCAGUAGCUCCUCCCCGACCUCAGGGAUACUCGGGGUAAACCGGCAGCACCACCGGGGCGUUUCCCCGCCAAAGCCGGCCUUAUGGUCCCGACCUGGACUCGGAUCUCCAGCUAGGCCCUCCAUUCAGAUCAACAAGAAGCCCAACCUGGUGGGGAAACCUGGAGACACAGAUAAAGUGAACAACUUGAAACAAACCGACAAGCUGCCGAUCCUGAAGCCCAAAGUCCCGGCAGUGACGGCCAAACCGACCAAACCAGAGCGUAAACACACUACGACCGUCGCCCCGGCAACCGCAGCGGCUCGGCAGGAAUCCUGGGAAGAUUCAGACCUUUUUAAAUCCCAGCCGACCUCCGAUGUCGACGCCUUGGGAAAGAAACGCUUCGUAGCGCCUCACGUCGUCUACCAGACCGGGAAGAAGCCGGAGGAACCCUGCUCCAUCACCUCGUCCCUCAACUACUUCCUCGAGGCCGAACCUGGCGAGGCCAACGUGACGUCUCCGCCCAGGACGCCGCCGUCCAACCUGACCGUGGUGACGGUGGAGGGAUGUCCAUCCUUCAUCAUCCUGGACUGGGAGAAAACGGACAAUGACACCACCGAGUAUGAAGUGAUCUCCACGGCUAAAGGACCAGACGGAGAGCAGGUUUCCAUCCUGACCACCAACCAGACGCACACCGCUGUAGAGAACCUCAAACCUGAGAGCAGUUACGAGUUCAAGGUGAAGCCGAAGAACGAGCUGGGUGCAGGUCCUCCCAGUGAGCCGGUGUCCUUCAACACCGAGUCCGCGGAUCCCCGAGUCAGUGAGAACGUUUCAGGUAAAGACGCCAUCUGGACUCAGUUCCCCUUCAAGACCGACUCGUACUCUGACUGCCACGGCAAACAGUACGUGAAGAGAACCUGGUACCGCAAGUUUGUGGGCGUCCAGUUGUGCAACUCGCUGCGGUACAAGAUCUACCUGAGCGACUCGCUCAAUGGGAAAUUCUACAACAUCGGAGAUCAGACGGGAUUUGGAGAGGACCACUGUCAGUUUGUCGACUCGUUCCUGGAUGGACGGACGGGAAAGCAGCUCAGAGCCGACCAGCUCCCGAACCGACCCGGUUUCUACCGAGCUGUCCGUCAGGAGCCGGUCCACUUCGGACAGAUCGGAGGACAUUCCCAUGUCAACUAUGUCUCCUGGUACGAGUGCGGGACGCCCAUCCCCGGAAAAUGGUAGACGGACCCGGAGGCAUCCUGGGAGAAGCCCAAGAGGAGGUCCGUGGUCUGGGCUGGGCCGGCAACGAGGGUCCUUAGAACCAGCCGGACCCUCGACCGUGGUACCCAGAGCUGUAAAAACAUGUAGAGGACAUACUGGUCAGGGAAUUAGUAACGAGAGAGCAGUUUUUAAAUAUAGCAAACGUGCCUCAUCUUGACUAUUUAUCGAACAUCAAGGCUGAAGCGUCGUCAGGAGAUCGUUCGGUUCCUCAGAUAUAUUUUAUUUUGUGUUACAGAAUGGGAAGCUGGCUCCCUGGAUUACUAUUUUCAUAACUUGUGAGAUGUUAUUUAUCAAAAGGUUUGAUCACAUUUCCUCCACAGGAGUUUUCGGGGUCAUGUGAUUUUGUUUCUGUUGAUUUCUUCACUUUCACACAGUUUUUAACCGGCAGCUGACCAGUUUAACCAGCUUUAACCGGCUCAGAGGACCUCCUACUGUUUGGUACUGCAUCUCAUCAACCUGCUGGAUGUUGUACUUCUUCUGCCUCAUGAAAAAAAAAGAAAAGACCCCAAAAACAAAAGUUAAACUACAGAACCUAUCUGCUUCAAAGAUUUAGCACUUUGACUGAAAAGUUUAAAAAAACCGACCAACCGUUUGAAACCAACAUAUUCCUCAUAUAGUUCUGAUAUUUAAGAAGCUUCAGACGUCUUUAAUGUUUCCUGAUUGAUUCUCAGUUGAGUUCAUUGGUGCUUUAAAGAAACCGAUCGUAUGUUUUUUCAGCCGUAGAGUCGGCAGUCGGCACAUUGGAUGUGUUGACGCGUCACUGAGCUUCAACUCUUGCAGCUUGCACAGCAGAAAUGUAUUUAUAUGUAUAUGGAGAGGAUGUAUUUUUUUCAGUACAUUUUUGUGGCUGCAUUUCCCUCAUCACGGCCUGUUUUAACCUGAUCUGUAGCGCCCCCUUCUGGCCUCACGCUAAAGCAGCACGGGAAACUAACAGGAACAUUUUACCAGCUAAAUCAGAUUUAAUGAAGUGUCAAACACCUCUAGAUUUGAUCUGUUUGUGCUAGCUAGCUAGGUGGCUAAAGAUGUAGCAGUGGAUAACUAUUGGCCAUGAUCCAUAAACUAGCAAGAAUGUAGCAAACCACUGAGAGAUUUAAAAGGUCUCCGACUGAAAGCUAGCUCCCAACCAAAUCUCAUGUCAGCGACGUUAGCAAGGGUAUCACGGAUCUGGAAAAAGCUAACAGCUAGCACAUCUAAAUUCUCAAAAUUAUGCUAGCUAUGUUAGCAAGAACAUAGAGGGACUGAGAGGUCCAGGAUGGGAAGCUAAUAAUGGCUAGAGAAUCCAGAAAUAUCUGAAUAUCUGUCUGUAUUUUAUGAAUGACUUUAGAAACUAGCUAAAUUUGUAAACCUCUUGACUGAACUUAGCAAGGAUUAGGAUGCUAGCUAGCAUGCUAAUGAUGUUUUAUAACUGAGCUGAAUGUUGCUAAUGUUAGCCUCCCGUCCUGCUGCUGUACUGUGGAGGGAGAUGGAGCGCCACCACAUGGUUCAGUCAUGAAGUGCCACAGAGCAUUUCCUGUUUCCUGUAGAAGCUUGGAGCCCAUCGGUGUAAAGCAGGGAGGAAUUCAGAAUGUUUUUCUACCUUCGUUUGUUUCUAUAUUGGUUUUCUACAAUAAAGAAGUUUUGAUUCCUUUUUUAAAAAA